GCUACAACCAAAUGCAAAAAUCGAAAUUAAAACGUAUCCAGUGGCGCUCGAAAAUCUCCCGCUCCCCCCUCCGCUCCUUCGUUUACUUCUUCCAGAUAAUCUCAUCGUCUAUAUAAUCCAGAUCUUUUUUAGUUUCGUUUAGUUUUCUCUUUCUCAGUUGCUUCGCAUUUGGGUCUUAUUAGGGUUUUACGAAUCUUAAAUCGGAGAAAAAUGGCGAGGUCGAACAGAUCCAAGAGCUCAGAGCGUGUAGUAGGCAAGGGUAAAGUGACUCCAGUGCAAGUCGCCUUCCUCGUGGAUCGAUACCUUUGCGACAAUCGUUUCUUAGAGACGCGAUCCAUCUUCAGAUCCGAAGCUUCUUCUCUCAUCUCCAAAUCUCCACUCCGUGAAGCUCCGUGCAGUUUGAUACCACUGGGUGAUAUCUUGAAUGAUUACAUCAGCCUCAAGGAGCACAAAGUCAUUGUGGAUCAAGAGAAGACUCGUGUUCAGAAUCUAUUACAUGGGAUGCAAAAUGUCAUGAACGCUUACAACUCCACCGCAUCUGCUCUUCCACCUCCGGCGAUUACUACGGCAGCUCCCGCGGCUACUCAAAUGGUUGCCUCUACUUCUCAACCAAACAACAUCAGCGUCUCUCCUUCAGGCGGCUCAGGGCAUAACACGCCUAACCUUAUGUCAGCAUCAUUGCCAGGAAACAAAAGAGUUGGGAAUUUCACAGCUCCCUCUAGUCAAUCUAUUACCAAAAAGCGAAAGAGUCCUGAGGUUUCUCUAGAAGCUGCUCCUACAGAUUCUAAUAAAGGAAGAAAAAAGAUACCACGAGCUGCUAAGGUGGAUAACAAUGUAGCUAAUGAGUCAUCUGUUAUCACAUCAAGUGUGGCAAAGUGUUUGUUUGACAGUUCAGACUUGUCACCUCCGACCAAUCCAUCUUGUCUGAGUACACCACAAAGUCAAGUAUCUCCUCAGAGUGAUGUAUCUAUCACUCCUACAAACUGCACAAUCGUCACUAAGGAGAGAAUCACAGUCAGUCCUCACAAGCAAAAUCCUUCUUACACUGUGGAAAGGAGCCAUAUGGUUUCUUCUUUCUCCCCAAUCAAGUCUAAUGCAAAGAUGUCGAGUAAAAGAGAUCAUGUGAAAGGACGUCUCAACUUCGAUGACGCUGAAGCAACAAUGAACUUAUCCCCACCUGCUUCUGGAGAUUUUGUUUCGACUUCUUCAUCUGGCUCCGAAGCAGAAGUUGAUUUGUUUGAUAUAGAUUUUCUGAGCGAGAACUUUCCAUUCUCGGAAGUGCUUGUCGAUUUCGAUAUUGCUUGUCAAGGAAUGCCAGACCCUUGCCUGCCACAACCAUCAAACUGUUCCUUUCAGUUAGCCUAAGCAGGCUUCUAGAAAGCUUUAACAGUAAUGUAGAUCACACAGUUUUGAAAUUAAAGAAUGCAAUCCUUCAUUUA